AUGAAGAACAGGACAGAAGUGUUCAUUUUUCUGGGUCUAACAAAGGACCACAGGCUACAACAGGUCUUCUUCACAUUUUUCCUGCUGUUCUAUGUAGCCUGUUUAUUAGGAAAUGGGGCCAUUCUGGGAGUCACCUUGGUUGAGCCUCGUCUCCACACACCCAUGUAUUUUUUUCUGGGGAACCUUUCUUGCUUGGAUAUAUGCUACUCUACUGUGACUGUGCCCAAAAUGCUAAGCGGCUUCCUUAGAAAGAAUCAGUCAAUCUCCUUUAUUGGCUGCCUCACUCAAUUGCACUUUUUCCACUUCCUAGGCAGUAGUGAGGCUGUACUGCUGGGUAUCAUGGCAUAUGAUCGAUACGUAGCUAUUUGUCAUCCUCUGCGUUAUACUGUCAUCAUGAGUAAAUGGGCUUGUAUUACUCUAGCUGGGACCACAUGGGCUGCUGGCUUCUUUCAUGCCUUGAUGCAUACAGUGGUGACUUCUCAGCUAUGGUUCUGUGGCCCUAAUCUUAUUGCACAUUUUUUCUGUGACAUUAAACCCCUACUUAAAUUAGCUUGCAGUAGCACAACCCUCAACCUCAUCCUGCUGAAACUUGUCACUGGUUCUAUUGCUCUGAGUCCUUUCUUUUUCACACUUCUCUCCUAUUUUUACAUCAUCUCCUUCCUCUUCUUCAAGGUUCAGUCAUGGCGGAACCGUUGGAAAGCCUUUUCCACCUGUGUAUCCCAUCUGAGUGUGGUGGCCAUCUUCUAUAUUCCAGUACUUUCCAACUACAUGGUUGCUUCUGCUAGUGAUUCUUCUGAAAAUGAUAUGAUCAUUUCUGUAUUAUACAGUAUAAUAACACCUGUUUUAAAUCCUCUGAUCUACACACUGAGGAAUCAAGAAGUCAAAUUUGCUAUAAGAAAGAUUAUAAACAAAAAUCUUCAUUUUGAAAGGGAUUAAAUGCCUGUAUCUUUGAAAA